GGCGUAAGAAACGUCACGCACGAUGUGGGGGCUAUGUCCGCCGCCCUGCAAGCCGAUCCAUCUCACAGCCCCCAAAAAAGCUGUGGAGGAAAAAAGGUGGUCCCACUCAAAAACACCGUUUCGAAGCUAACGCUAGAAAAUCCAAUCUAUGUUUAGUUUUGGCAAUGUUUACACAUUCGCAGAAGAAUUGGAAAACGAUGUUUUCGUCGCUUAUUGAAGAUGUUAGCGAUUACAAUCAGACGACAUAGUCGAAGAAGUUUAUCUCUCGAACUGGAAUAAAGUUUGAAAAACCCGAACCCAAAAAAUGGAGAGAACAGCUGAGAGUGGGGUGAGGAGGUUGGCGUUGGCAACUAGUGGAAUCCUGCCCCGUUACUCCUCUAUCGUGUGUAAUUAAACUCGAAGGAGCCUUCAUAGAUCGAGAAGUCCGAAGACUGUAUUGAAUCCGUGGUGGAGUAAGGCAAGUCUGCUGUGGCUUUGUGGGGUGAGGCCUGUGUGAAGCCGGUUCAAGGGGGCAUCCCUACUGGCUGGUGUGGCCUUUUACUGGACCGAGACUGGAUGUUGCCCGGGCGAUGAGGAUGUCCAGCUGGCACCAGGGGAGCUGGAUUGUCACGUGAUGGGGUGCCGGACGAGCAAGGUCCUCCCUGAGGCCCCUGCCGACGUCCAGCUUGAUCUGGUUAAGAAAGUGGAGCCGCAUCAUACCGACGUCUACAAGAACUUCAUCCGGGGCGAUGGCACGACGGAGAAGAUGGGCUCCUCUUCUCCUCACACUAAAGGGCAGGCUACAGCUGCUGCCACUGCCACUUCUGCUGCUGCUGUACCGAAGACUGGCCAGUCCCCUCCACCUGCCUCCCAGGCAGCUGCGCCCUCUGACUCAGCCGAUCCUCGGCGGAACAAGGUGGCGCGGUACCGCGCCAAGUUCGACCCACGGGUCACGGCGAAGUACGAGAUCAAGGCGUUGAUCGGGCGGGGCAGCUUCAGCCGGGUGGUGCGCGUAGAGCACAAGAGCACGCGUCAGCCAUACGCCAUCAAGAUGAUAGAGACGCGGUACCGCGAGGGCCGCGAGGUGUGCGAAUCGGAGCUGAACGUGCUGCGGCGCGUGCGCCACACUAACAUCAUUCAGCUCAUGGAGGUGUUCGAGACGACCGAGCGCGUCUACAUGGUCAUGGAGCUGGCCACGGGUGGCGAGCUCUUCGACCGCAUCAUCGCUCGUGGCUCCUUCACCGAGCGCGACGCCACACGCGUCCUCCAGAUGGUGCUGGACGGCGUCAAGUACCUGCACAUGCUCGGCAUCACACACCGAGACCUCAAGCCCGAGAACCUGCUCUACUAUCACCCGGGCACCGACUCCAAGAUCAUGAUCACCGACUUCGGCCUGGCUAGCACGCGCAAGAAGGGCGACGAGUGUCUGAUGAAGACCACGUGCGGCACGCCGGAGUACAUCGCCCCGGAGAUCCUGGUACGCAAGCCGUACACCAAUGCGGUGGAUAUGUGGGCUCUCGGGGUCAUCUCCUACAUACUGCUCAGUGGCACCAUGCCCUUCGAAGAUGAGAACCGCAUGCGUCUCUACCGCCAGAUCCUCAAGGGCAAGUACAGCUACACUGGAGAGCCCUGGCCAAGUGUGUCCAACCUGGCAAAGGACUUCGUUGACCGUGUGCUGACGGUGGACCCGAGUGAGAGGCUGACAGCCGGCCAGGCCCUCAAGCACCCGUGGGUCGUCAGCAUGGCCGCCUCGUCUUCCAUGAAGAACCUGCAGCGCUCUAUCUCCCAGAACCUCCUGAAGAGGGCGUCGUCACGCUGCCACAGCACCAAGUCGGCCCAGUCCACGCGCUCCAGCCGCUCCACCAAGUCCAGCAAGGCGCGGCGGGCCCGGGAGAAGGAGCUGCGCGAGCUCAACCGCCGCUACCAGCAGCAGUACAACGGCUGAGCCCACGGCUCCAGAGAGGUCCAGGCCAGGGACAGAAGCCUCAAAGGGGCAGCAGUGCUGGAGGUGGCCACGGCGGGUUGAACGGGGCCCGGGAAGAAGACAGAGGCGUCGGGCACUAUGAGGGUGUGUGCCCUCAUGUUUGACUGGGGGUGGAUCAGAGAAGUCUCUCUCCAUACCUCUUCCUCCAGCUUCCUGAAACACAGAGCCAAACAGGAAAAAAAAAAAAAAAAAAAAAGAAAAUGACCAAUGACUUUACUUUGUUCAUGUUUGUCAAUUCACAUUUUCCUACAUUUUCCCCCUCAUUUCCUCCUAUGUUUGUUUUUUCUUAUUUAUUUAUUGUUGUUUUAUGUCAUUAUCAUCGUCAUGGUCACAUUAUUGCCUUAAUUUCGAUUGUAUCUGUUGAACAGAGUUCUAGUUAAUGAAGUAUUUUGUUUAGGAAGGGUGAGUACAAAAAUAAAGUCAGCUGUCUCUUUAUUUUGUUCCUUCCUAAUUUUUUUGCUGUGAAUUGUUCUUAGGGUGUAGGGAUAGUGCAUUCCAUGAAAUGGAAGAAGUAUACUGUACCCUGUCUUAUAUAUCUUUAUGUUCAGUUGUUUGGCAAUGCAUGGUGUUGAUUCGUUGCCAAAUUGAAAGGUUGUUUUUGAUAUCCAUAUUUUCUCUUUAUUUUUAGUUGGAAAAAAAGAUCAGAAUACAUUAGUGGUAGAAUUAAAAGUUUAAUGAAAUCACUUUUAUGAAGCUAUUAAAGUCCUACACAUCAGUGGCUAUUGUGAAAAAGUUUUAAAUUAAGCCUUGGUUCAUUGGUUCAUGUUCUGGGUUCACUGAUACUGGAUGUUGGGAAUGCCCCCAAUUAGUCAUUUCUAACCCUAGGGGUUAAAAUGACCCUUCAUCAAGUAAAGGAAGAAGAAACAGGAGUGGUGAACACCAGAUCAGUUUGAAUAGUCCAGAAACGUCAAAGUCUCUUCAUCUAGCCACACUAAUUAAUGUGUCUCAUUUUGUACUUUCAUAUUUAGUUCUGAUGAAGAAUGUUGGUAAAUGGAGGAGUGAGGAAGACUACACAACAGUAGCAGUUUGCCCUUGACAUGAGAGCUCUUGAUAUGCUGUGCGGCUUGAUUUUCUCAUGGAAUGUGGUUCACAUUGAUGGCAAGGAUCUUGUUGAAUACCUUGAUAUGAAUAGUGGGCAGAGGACCUGACAGUAUUGUCCAAAAUAUUAAGUUUUAUUUUCUGUGCUAUAGUGUUGAUUUCUCUCAAGUCAUUCCAAGGUGAAUGAAGAAGAGUGCAAAGCCACAUGAAGGCCACUUAUGUUCCUCUUCCAUUCCAGAUGACAAUGCCACAUUUACCCCACUGUAUUUUUUUUAAUUCUUCUGAAUUUUUGUAAUGAUGAAGUUCUGAUGUUUUCAUUUUUUAUGCACCAGGUUUACUUGGGUUUUUAAACAUGACAGUCCUGACUGUGACACAGUUUGGAAAGAAAUCACCAUCUGAAUGUCUUUUAAUUUAAUGCCAAUUCAACAGAACAGUGUUCAGUUUGACGGAAAUGCCAAUUCUCAUUAUUUCAAAUUACAUUCAUUUCUUGCACUGUGCAUAUAGCUAGUUUGAAAAUUACGAUCUAUGAUUUGCAAUCAUUGCAACUCGCCAUAUAGGCAUUGAAUUAGUUCUACUCAAAAUCCCUCUAAUUUCCUGCCUAAACACAAUGUCCAGCUCUUUUACAUGAAACACUAAAAAGUGUUCGACUAUUUUGUGUUUUCAUUUUGUGGACUACAGUAAUCAUUUCUGUAUGUUUUGGGGACACCACUGUCUUUGACCUUUUACUAUAUAUCUGUUUUUCUUAUUCUACCAAAUGUAUGAUUUCAGAAAUCAGUAGAAGAUUGAGAGUAAUUUGAUUUGGGGAUUGACAAGGAAUAUCAUUUGUAAUUCAGUUAAAUUGUACAAGGCAAUUUUUGCUUUAAAUAGAACAAUAGUACACUAAAGGUGAGGAGUUCAAAUUAGUCCAGCUUGAUAUGUUACCAAAAAGGGAAGAUUAAUGAAACCAUUAACUGGUACUGCUUCUAUGCCCUCAGUUUUGAACUUUUCUCUAUCACAUCGUCAUCUCUGCACAAAUUUUGCAAAACAGAAGAGGGAAACAGAAGUAUUACAUCCGAUUCAACACUGUCUCCUUAAUGGAAAUGUAUUUUGUGUGUCUGCUUAUAUGUUUAUGUCCAUGGUAUGUCUUUGUUCGUCGCAAAUGAGGGAUAUGCGUAGGUGUUUUGUUCACUUAAUGAUUCUUUUGUUCUAAAACAGUGAAUUUGUACAGUUUCUUUUGUCUAAAAUGUUGCAAUUAAAGGGCCUGAAACAAAAGUG